UUAGAGAGUAUUGGUAUUCGCAUGAUACUAUAAUGAUGAAUGAAUCCAUGUCAACCCCAAAGAUAACCGGUUUGUUUCCUUUUCAAUCCCGACCUUCCUUUUCUUCCCCCCACCCGCCAAAUCGUUCAAGUUAUUAUAUAUUAUGCUAUACUGUAUAUAUAUACGUCAUAUCACCCGUAGAUACUUUCCUUUCCUUUUUUCCAUUCCUUUGGUACUUUCCCUCUCUUCCCCCCUUCUCUCUCUUUCCCUCCUCCCCCGCCACCAUAAACGUGCCAUUGAAUUAUGGUCCUGCCCAUGUGCUUAUGUAACCCAUCACACCUCCAGAGAGCUAGGGCUGAAUAAAUCACGGGAUGCUCUUCUGCUUACUACUAUAGUACGGCAUAUCAGUCAUGUGAUAUGGUCUCUUUCUCAGCU